ACAGAAUGGAGGCUCAAAGAUGGUACUUGAAAAUGUGCAAGCUGGCUUUGGCGAUCGCCGUCAUCCGCUCCAAGCCGCGCGGGCGGUCGUGCAGGGAGCACGUGCGGCUCUUGGCGGAGCUGAUGGAGGGGCCCGACAGCCUGUGGAGAGCCCGAGUUGCAGCUCUAGAAGCCCAAGUUCUCCAGCUGCGACAGGAAGUUCUUUCGAGCAAGAUUUGUUCCGGCACCUGCUGGGGGAGUGAGCAUCUUCUCCCCGGGCCCUUCCCGCCGAAGGAACCGACACCGUCUCAGCACGCCUCGGCCCAACUGGAUGAUUCCGGCUGCUCCACGUGGAGUGACCCUCCGGCGGGCCCCGCGACGCUCUCGCAGAAUCCCCGCGCUUGGGAGGACAGGUCCUCCGCUCAGCCGUCUUCCCUCCCGCCCCCGCCCGUCCUACCCAUCGGCGGCGGCAGACAGGGCACGGUCCUCUCCGCCCACAUGCAGUUCUUCCAGCACCUGCUGGAGCUCAAGAACCGAACAGAGUCCGGCGACCCCAACGCCGACCCGAGCGGGCUCGGAAGCGACUCCUCGGACAUCCCCGAGGCCGCGGCUCACCUCCUGGACGGCCUGAUCGCCUUCGGAGGCGACCCCGGCUUCCCUUUCCCCAGCAUUCUGGUGGGAGCCAUCGGGACCCUGACCCGGUGGGUCGACGACCCGAACCUGUCCGCCGCCAUCCUCCAGAAGUGCCGCCCCAAGUUGGAAGACUUAAAGAAGAUCCUCGUGCGGACCAUCUUGAAGGACAACGCCGUCAACAGGUUCCAGAGGCAACAUUUCAUCUACCAGAGCGUCGACUUGCUUGGCAGGUGCAGUAAGCUAAGGAAAUCCGUCAUUUCUCUCCUUUUCUCCGAAGUGAACAGCUUUAUCGAGGAGCUGAAAUCCAUCCACCAGGCCCAGGACUUCUACGACGUGACCAGGUACGAAAACACCUUCUGGAUCCUCGCACUCCUGGAACGACUCCUCGAGGAGGGAAGGGAAGAGAACGGCGUCGCCAGGCCAGACCUGGAAGACCAGGAGAUCCGGACAUUCCUCCAGCAAGUCGAUCCGGUUAUCCUGCAGCUGUCAGAUGACUUCACGCUGUUCAGCGUGUACGUGUGGAGACUGAGUAUGCUGUUGAAGCCACCUCCAAUUCAAGCCGUUGAAAAUCACUCCCCACUUUAAGCGGUCGCUUUUUUUCCUGCCGGAGGCAAAGCAAAGGUGAUGUUAACAACAGUAUUGGUGAAGCGGUUGCUAUGUGCCAGGCGCUGUUCUAAGCACUGGGGUAGAUUCGAGAUAAUCGGACACAGUCCCCGUCACACAGUCUUAAUCGUGAGGAAACUUAAGUCACGGUCUCAAUCGUGAGGAAACUUAAGCCAUGGUCUCAAUUGUGAGGAAACUUAAGUCACGGUCUUAAUGGUGAGGAAACUGAGGCCCAGAGAAGUGAAGUGACUUGCCCGAGAUACCACAGCGAACAAGCGGCGGAGCCGGGAUUGGAACCCAGGUCCUUCUGACUCCCAAUCCCGGGCUCUAUCCACCAGGCCACUUGUCUGUGGACCAUUUUUGGCCCGAAUGACUUUUGAAAGUAAAAUUAGAUACCGGGCAUUUCAUCCGGAUGUAAAGCGGUUUGCUGGAUGGAAUGAUUCAUUUGACUUUGAACAGCUUGAAAAAUCGCCCUUUGGCGUGUCCGUUGUCCCGGCUUGCCGCCGCCGAGUAAAUCACUUGCUUAACGCUCCGACCUCCCGCUAUUCCUCCUGCAAAGUUUUCGGUGAGGAAAUGCUGUUCAGAUUGACUUCACUUGGCUGGUUCUCUAGGGCAAGCCCCACAGGCAGCUUCAAAGCAUAAAGACGAAUCGGAGUUAAUCAGACUCACAAAUAACAGGCUUGACACAGAGCCAAGUUGAAUUUUUCCAAAGUUCAUGGGGUUCCAAAAUAUUUGAAAUAGCAGGGAAGUUUUGGUUUCCUCUUCAGCUGUAACGGCUCGGGAGGCCCAGCCCGUGCGGAGUCAGAAGAACCUGGGCUCACUAGCUACUUUCAGUCAUUUUCAGCGGAAUUCAUCCGUAGUUAAAAUUCACCACAGGUCCUCUCUGGUAUCCGGCCGCAUUAGAAAUAAUUGAGUUUUCAUUUAUUUAUUGAUGAGUGCUAUAAUGCAGUACUCUAGUUGUUAAGAAGCCACCAUCUGGAGAUAAUUAGCAGCAGGUUGAGAAUAUGACGAAUUCUCAAAUCUUUAUGUCCAGAAUUAGGUUUUACGGUUAUUAAACAGUUUCGGUUCCUA